AUGGACAACAUGGAAAUCCUAUCUAUCUAUCUAUCUAUCUAUCUAUCUAUCUAUCUAUCUAUGUCAUUCUGUUCACUAUCUAUCUAUCUAUCUAUCUAUCUAUCUAUCUAUUUAUGUCAUUUGUUCAUUAUCUAUCUAUCUAUCUAUCUAUCUAUCUAUCUAUCUAUCUCAUUUUGUUAUCUUUGUAUCCUCUUCAUCUAUCUAUCUAUCUAUCUAUCUAUCUAUCUUUGUCAUCCUAUUCACUAUCUAUCUAUCUAUCUAUCUAUCUGUUCAUUAUUCAUUCAUCUAUCUAUCUGUCUGUCUCAUUCUGUUCAUUAUCUAUCUAUCUAUCUAUCUAUCUGUCUAUCUAUCUUUGUCAUCCUGUUCAUUACCUAUCUACCUAUCUCAUGCUGGUCAUUAUUUAUCUAUCUAUCUAUCUAUAUGUGUACUGUAUAUAACGCUACUUAUCUAUCUAUCUAUCUAUCUAUCUAUCUAUCUAUCUAUCUAUCUAUCUAUCUAUUUUCUCGUCUCCUGUUUUCUGUCCAUCGACCUCCGGCGUCUUUCUUCAUUAUUUAUUGUUUCAGCACUGGAAUGUUUUCUUUUCUUUGCCACUCAUCAAUUUGCGUGAUGUACUUUCAUUUCACUGUUAUCUAUCUAUCUAUCUAUCUAUCUAUCUAUCUAUCUAUCUAUCUAUCUGAAUCUUUCUUAAUCAUCAAUCUAUCUAUCUAUCUUUUAUCUUUUUCUUUUCUUCUCAUUCUUUUCUUUUCUUCCUUUCUUUCUUUCUUUCUUUCUUUCUUUCUUUUAAUCAUCCAUCUAUCUAUCUAUCUAUCUAUCUAUCUAUCUAUCUAUCUAUCUAUCUUAAUUAUUACUCUGUGCUCAUAUAUUUCUUUCUUUCUUUUAAUCAUCCAUCUGUGUCCAUGUAUGGUACAUAACACUAUCUAUCUAUCUAUCUAUCUAUCUAUCUAUCUAUCUAUCUAUCUCUUCUCAUUAUCUAUCUAUCUAUCUAUCUAUCUAUCUAUCUAUCUAUCUAUCUCAUUCUGUUCAUUAUCUAUCUAUCUAUCUAUCUAUCUAUCUGUUGUAACUUAG